CAUGGUUACACGAAAAAAAAAAAAAAGCCAUGUUGUUUAUCUUGAAAAUGGGUACUAGCAAGCAAUAUUUGUACUAGUAACUAGAAUCUAUAUCUAUUUAUUAAAGAUAAUUUAAAGCAAUAUCUUUAGAAAUAGAAUUUCAUCAUGGCAACUGUAACACAAACUGUUCAAAGAAGUUUGCCUAACCCAUCAAGAAUUCAUGAUUAUCUUUAUGAUAAAAAUUAUAUCCUAUCAUCUGUUCGAGACCAUGGCAGGGCAUCGUUUCAAGCUCAGACAAACACAAGCCGCAUUAAGCGGGUUCCUGUUUACAAAACUAUGUUUUCUGAGCUUCGCCACCAUCCUCGAUUUCAAAUUCAUCUUGAUGUUUCUGACCCAGUACCAAAGUUUAUUGGCAGAGAGUGGCGUGGUCAGCACGAGCAACAUAGAGAAGCUCUCAUUAGAUAUGCAACGUUCAACUAUGAUCCCAAUGUUUGUAUUCCUCAACAGGAUCUCAGUGAUUUCAAUAACGCAGAUGUGAGGGGAAGAAAUCGUUAUCUUUAUGCUAAAAGGCCAAUAAUUCCUUUCUUGCAACAAGUGCCACCUGAAGUGUUGCUAGCUACUGCCAGACAAGAUCCCUUGUCUGGACCAGAGAGCAUCAUGGCCAAACGUCCUCAGACUCCAUUUACAAAAACAAUAGAAACGCAAACUGAUUAUCGAGAUCAAGAAAUACAAACUGACCCUUACACUCCAGAGUAUGUAGUUCGGCCAGGGGAAGCCCCUGAACUCCUGACACUUGCUACUUUGUCAUUUGGUCAUGGUUUACCUGCUGGCCUUGCUGAAGUUGAAAUGAUUGAGCGAGCUCGAGCCAAACGGGCAUGGGAAGCAAACCUUCCUCCUCUAAGUGAUGUCUCACAGCUUGAGAAGAGAAGAAAAAUGAUGGAUGAGAUGGAGAGGAAAGAGUGGGCUCUCCGGGAGCAAGAGAUUGAAAAGUUACAAGAAGCCAGGCUUGAAGUUCUGAAACAGUUGCUGAAGAGAAGAGAAGAAAAUAAUCAAGAGCUAAACAUAAAAAGACUUGAUCAGCUUUGGGCCAUAAAGCAAAAAACUAAAGAAGCCAGGAUAAAGAAACUUAGAAAUGAACACAUUAAAGCUAUCCGAAAACUGACAGAGAAACGAGAUAACAAAACUAAUAUUUAUGUUCAGAGGGCUAUUAUCCAAGAUUAUUCUGAUCCUGGUUCACAGACCUUUGCUCCUCUCACUAGAAUUGGAGUUUUCCUUGAUCGAGGUUCAGAACAGUACCUUGUCAAGUCUCGGCAUCUUUCUACAUAUCAGGGCUUGCUUGAACUAGAAGCUUCCCUGCCUGACUUUGUUCUUCACCCUCGAAUCAAAGCUCCUAAACCAGCCACAGUAACUAAAGCUGGAUUUAUCAAGAGAAAGUUUAAGAAAGAACAAGAGCUGGCUGAAGCAUAUGAGGCUAUGAGAAAUUUUCGCUUAGAAAUUGAGGCCAUAAAAGCUGAAGAAGAAAAAGGUCAAGAAUCAAGAGCUCUACGCUUCUUGCAAAGAAUUGAAAGGCCUGUUCCUCGUCCACCUACCCCAGAAAUAGAGAUACUUGAAGAUUAUCCAAACAAAGUUCUUGAAGAAGAGGUAAAAGAGAACAAGGAGUUGGCCAUUAUCUUUUUGCAACAAGUUUUCAGAGGCAGAGCUAUACAGAACAAUAUGUUUGAGGGUAAAAUGAAGAGGAGAGAACUCAUUAAUGAGAUACGUUCUACUCAUGCAUUACAAGAAAAAGAGCAAAACAUGAAGAAACAUGAAGAAAAAGCGACAUUAACCCUCCAGAGACAGAGGAAACUACAUGAACACAAGGAAUCCUUGAUUGAUGAGUCAUUAGCAGAAUUGGAGAGUAAGAGUUUGGGAGAGAUGUUUGACUUUCUGACAAAAGAGCUAGUUAGGCUGCAGGAAGAAAGGAAGAUACAUGCUUUCUCUAUGCUGGCUGAGAGGCAGAGGAGAAUCAGGGAAGCAGAAGAGAGUGGAAGGAGGCAGUGGGAGAUAAGACGAAGGAGAGAAGAAGAUGAGAUAUUCAAGCAGGUGGUCAAGACUCACCAGGUCACAGUGGACUCGUACCUGGAGGAUAUCAUUGCUGGAUCAAUUGAUAACACAGCCACUGAUCAGGCCCGCAAGGAGAUAGAAGAACAAGCUAUUGCUAUUAAUGAUCUGGCCUAUGAAGUAGAGGACAGCCGUGACAAGUUGGAGUCGGAAGAAAUUGUUGCUGACCUUGUUCACUGUUUCCUGAUUCCCGAGGCCAAGAAACAGACAGUGCGAGAAAAAGUGAGACGAACUCAACGAAGAUUUCUAUUAGCUGCCCACAAAGAAAUUCACAAGGAAGGAACCGAUCUCAUUGCACUGAAUAAUAAACAAAAACUUUUAGAAGCUGACACUAAAAUGUCAAUCGGUCAACAAAAUUCAGAAGAAACAGAACAACAGCCAAAUGAGCCUCAGUAAACUCAUCAUUUAUAGAGAAAAAAUAUUUUUUUGCUUAAUCAUUUUCUGAUAUUUUAAAAGACUUAAUAAUAGAAAGAAGAAGUUUAGCAUGGUGGGUUUUAUUUGUUGUUGUUGAAUAAUUUCUAAUUUACACACAAAAAAAGUUUGGCCUUGUAGUCUAAAAACAAGUGAAUAAUACUGAAAUGUUUUUAGUCAAUAAAUAAAUGGCAUCUGUGCUAAACAAAAGUUUUUAUAUCAUAAAAGAAAAUAAGUUUAGUAUAAUGACGGAGAAUGAGCAGUCCUUGGAGUUAUUAAAAAUCUUUUAUCAUUGAAAAACUAUUUUAAUUAUCCUUUACUUUGUACUUUCUACAUGUCAGAAGGCAUAUUAGACAAAGCUAACAAAAUGUAAAUCAUUGUUUUGAUCAAUUGUAUUUUGGCGAAGAAAUCCUCACUGUAAGACAUGCUUGAUUAUAUUAUUUUUUAUACUCACUUUAAACGAAAAUAUUUAUAACUUUAAAGUUUUACUUUCUUAAAGUUUAUACUAACUACUAUGUUAGUCAUAUUUAUAUAAUAUAUUUCAACAGUGUAAAUAUACAUAAUUAUUUAGGUCAUGUCUUGGUCUGAAAUUUUUACUCAAUCAAGUUGGACACUUUCAUGUUCAGAUUUUAACCCAACUCUUGGUGGCAGAAUAUACACAGACAUUAAUAUACACAUGCUAUAUAAGGUUUUUAGUAUGUGGAAAAAAAAAUUAAUGUUUUUUAUUUUCCCUCUUAAAAGACAUUGUUAUUGGUCUUUCUGUUGCUGUGUGUGUUUUGUUUGUUGGUUUUAUUUCAAAGUACAAUGAACUGUUGGUUAACAAAAAUGUAAACAAAGCCAGUAUUUGCUAUCAGAAAUUAUACAUUCAAACCUUGAAAUAGAAAAAUAGAAGUUCUGUUUUUUUUUUAAAGCCAAACUAAACUCUCCAGCAAUGAAGUUUUUUUUUACCCAGUUUGAUGUUGAAAUUUAAUCUAUUUGAAAUAUCAGUACUGGACGUCACAAUUUUAAAUGUUAUAUUUAAACUCAGUAUAAGGGUUUGCAAUGUAAUAAAGGCUUCAAGUUGAAACUUGUUGCAAAUAUUUUUAAUAAAAAUUUAAACGUUUUAGAAAUUACACAUUACAAUUACAAAAGCAACGUAAAUUAAUAGUGAUAAUAGUGAUGCAAUUAAGUUGUGUGACAUGUAUACCAACUACACUUAAAACUUAAUGAAUGUCAAUUCAAGUAUUUCACUUAUCCUGCAACUUUACACAAGAAGCUCAGAAUUUUAGUGUAAUAAAUACAUAUUAUCUGUUAAACAGCAUUAAAAGCAUCUAAUUAGAAAACAUUGAUCAUGAGGUCAUUUAACUUACCUAAAAGUUAUUUGAAAACAUUGAUUUAUGAAUAUCAUAGAUUUUAUAAAUCAGAUAUAUCAUAAUGAGAUUUAAUUGUAAGUAAGAACAUUUCUUAUAUAUUUUUUUAGUUACUUCGUCUAUGAAAGAAGAUUUCAUGCAUCAUUGCUCAAGCUUAAGAGUGGAUUGUUAGUAGGAUUUGAACCCUUGAUUUAUGUGUUAACAAUCCAAAACAUGUAUGACUAACCAACUAUCCAUCUUUCAUUGAGAAAUCUGUAAUUUUUUUAUCUUACAUAUUACUUCCCAAAUAUCCAGGCAUUCUUUUUUUAUUUUUUUAAGCUCAUUUCAGCUUGGAAUGGGUUAAAGUAACUACUCAGAAAAAAACAAAAUUCAAAUCUUUUAACUUUUAAUUAUAUUAGUACACCAUGAUAUAAGGUUUUAAUUUUUUAAGAUGAUGAUCUGUUGUAAGUAUUUUUGUAUUUUUGUCAACAUUAACUACCUAUUUUCUAGAUUAACUCAAAAUCUUUUAUAUAAAAGCUUUUUUAAAGCCAUUUUUGCUUCUUCAAAUUCAUUUGUUCUUAGAAAUCACAACACACAGUAAAGGUUUCCAUACAUUAACAAAUUGUAGACUUUUGAACAUAUAGUAUUCUUUAUAAAAAAUUAUACACACUCUCCAUACUUGAUAAAUAUUACUACUGCUAGGUGUGCUUGUAUUUUUUUUUUCUACUUUUAAAUAAAGAUUGGUAUAAUUCAAA